AUGUCGUCGGCGAUCGGGACGAAGAUCAAGCACGCGAUGCUCAAGGAGCCGGUCGUCAUGUGGUCGUGCAUCAUCGCCGGCAUCGGCAUGGCGCUCCCCCUCGUCGUUCCGCCUAUGCGCGACACCCUCUCGCCCUCCAAGCCCGUGGUGCAACCCAAGACGGAGGAGGUCAUCAGAGCCAUCACCGGCCAAUCCCGGUGA